CGUUCGUCUUCCUGACGCUGCUCACCCAUCACGACAACUGGGACCCCGUGGGGGACUGCUGCUGGGGGAGGCUCUUCACACGCGGGAGGUCUUCGCCUUCGGUGGAGGCUGAGGGAGAGUCUGCACGUCUCAUGCUGCCCUCUGAGGACGACGACGACGACGAAGUCGAGGCCUUCACGGCCUCCCCGCCUCCUGCUGAGAGGGACGAGGGCUUGGCAGGGCCUGACGAUGUAACAGAGGCUCGUGUGGAUGAUGGCCUCUUGCCAGCAGUUGGGGUUCCCCUGGCGGCCUCACAAGAUCACACGAACCAUCACGGAGCUUCGCUGAGGCCCUCACAUCUCCAUUUGGCCUCACAGCAACUGAUGAAUCAUCGAGAAGCCCCACAGGAGCCGAUGGAAUUCCUUCCGGUCUCACAAAACCUGAUGGACGUGUCGCCGCUGGUGGCCUCACGGCCAGUGGACACGCAGUUUAAGGCUGAGGCCAUGCAAGCUUUGAGUGAGUCUCAGAAGUUCUCAGGCCAGCAAUGGGCCUCACGUGUGUCUGCUGGUCACGAGCUGCAACAAAUGCAACAUGGCGAGAAUUUAAGUGCCUCAAAUUGUCCUACAAAUCCUGCAGAGUCAACAGCUCGGUCGGGGGCUGAGCACAGCAGUAUGGACAAUGAAGAUACUAGCCAUCGCAAGUCCUUUAACCCAAGUACCCAUAUUAUUAGCUCUUCCAUAUAUCGUUCUCAAAACUACGCUGAACAUGCACCCAAUUCGUCAGCAACCACACGGGCUUCGGACAGCUCUUCAUCCGUAUUUUUAAGCUCAGUUUCUCUACUCAAUGAUAACCAGCCACAUGCUAAUAUUUAUCCAGGAAACUUUAAUCAAUAUUCUGGUAAUUCCGAAUUUAGUGUCAAUGAUCACACACAGAAAAAUAUGCAGCACAAUAAUACCAAAACGGCGCCGAAAAGUUCAGCGCUGGGCAACGAUAUGUUCCGGUCAGCUCCUCUAAAUACUGGACAACCAGGCGAACAUGAUACAAGAAUAAACGAUUCAGAAAAUAUACGAAAGUCGGAACAGAAUUUUUCCAUCGUGUCGCAUCAAGAUCAAAACAAGUCGGAAGAAAUUACACAGACGACCGCAAAAAAGUCUUCCUCUGAACUACCAUCAAACUUGAAUAAAUUUCCCUACAGUGAGAAAGUUGAAAAAACGAGUGCAUCACUCCGACCGGAAACUCUAUCAAACUUGGACGUAUUUUCCAAGUUUUCAAACACACAUAAACCAGAUAAAUUACCGAGGCAGGAAGAGCCUUCCAGUGCUGCGCUGCAGUCUGAACGAUCAGCACCAGAUUUGUACGACAUCAAAGGACAUUUGGACAACGAGACAUCCUCAGUCACAGAGAGCAGCAUCAAUAGUCAUUUCAGUAGAGUUAAUGGUUCUUCGCAGUCGAAUUUUAAACAGAACAAAUUCCCUAAAUCUGAUGCCAACGGAAACAGUUGCGCCAGCAGCCCUAGGAGCCCAGUUGGUAGGCUUACUGCAGGCUCCUCAGGACCUGAACCGGUGUCAGUUCCACUGAAGGAAGGGCGUAGGUCAGCUAACCAGCUGCUGUCCUCCGUCAGCCUGACGGACGACGAGGCCGAGGUGCCAAUUUUUUCCAGAGCGCCGCCGCGGCCCUCAGGAGGCGGCCGCCCCCCGCGGCCAUCAGAGGGCGGCCGUCCCCCGUGGCCAUCAGAGGGCGGCCACCCCCGGCGCCCCCCUCACCGGUCCGCUCGGUUCUACGACGAGCCUGACGAGACACUCGAGAUCGUCCAGCUUGAGGAUAGCAACGAGAUAAUCACAUCGCAGUUUACUACUUAUGCCGUGUGA